CUAUGCAUGAAAAACUUCCUCCAAAUAUCUAACCUAAGCCUCCCCUGUCUCAGUUUAAAACCAUUCUCCUUUGAUACCCCCUUAGUUUAAAAUCACUCCCCUCUUCAGCUGCAACUAUGAAUUCUUUGCUCUUCCUAGACUUACACACAUUGUGCAAGACUCCCACAGAAUCCACAAGCCAGCUGCUGUCUCCCUCCCCAGAGACCUAUACUGUGCUGUUAUUAAUACACAAGCUAGCUGAUGUGAAGUUAGUUCAUGCUCAUGAACUCAUGUGCAAAAGAUGCAGCUGCAGCAUAAGCAUCCUGUCAGGAACAGAGACAGGAAUAGUAUCCAUUUCCUCAAGGUUUCCUAUGCUCCUCUGCAGUGAAUUGUCCCACUAUCUUGUGCUGUAGAAACCUGGCACAUCCCUAAGCUGGCCCAUCCUGUGUCUUGAACAAAGGAUGUGCCUCACCAAGCCAGUAAGGCCAAAGUGACAUAGUGCUGGGCUGUGUAAUUUAAGCCUGUCGGGAAGCAAACACGUGCAAGGGGAUUGAGGUGAAGUAAUACAGCCAGUCCUCUGCUAUUUCCUAACUUAUGACUCCUUCAUUGUGCAACCAUAAUGUUUUUUUUAUUCAAUUGUUUUUGUGCCCAUUGGGGUGAAUUGAAGGGUGUGGGCAGAAAAGACGAGAGGUGAAAGGAAAAAGAUAACAGCAGCAUUAAUAAAUAACAUUAGAAGGCAGAUAUUUUAACUAGAUGCUUUGAAGUAGCAUUGUUUUGUAAGUGCCAGGGUGCGAAAGGUAAAGACCCAAGGAUUCUCUCAGGAGAAGGGAUCAAAAGUAUGAAGGUAUUUUCAGCUCAAGGCAAAACAAAUUACAACAGCCUGAACUUUGGUUCACAGCCCAGAACACGCUAAAGCCACCUCGUUUGGAUGCAGGGUUGGAGAGUCUCUUAAGAACAGACCAAAUUUCCCAUCUUUUAGCUGUGAUGUCAUUGCACGUACAUUUAGAUCAUACUGAAGUUCUGCUUCCUAGACUCCACCCCUGGGCACUCUCUGUACUUUCUGAGGCUGACCACAGUGAUGGCAACGGUAACCACCAAAAAUACCCAGAAGCUGCACUUCCAAUGAAGGAAGCAAUGCUCUCUCAUAUCGCUACAGCACACUCCUGAUGCACCACGUAGAAAAAAUUACAGAUCAGCAGCGCUGAGGAUCGUGAUGUUUGAGGCAGGAAAUGGCAACGACAGGAAAGGACAAUUAAAAUAUUAGCAACCCCUCCGCUUUCCUGUAGCGCGGUACAGCCCCCAUCACAAAAAUACAACACGGAUGCAGCACGUGCUUUCAAAACAAGGUGAUUUUUGUCGUUGUUUUAUCCUUUGCCGCUGGCAGAGCCUUGCAGCGAGCAGAGACUUUCCAGGAACCCCCGGCUGUCACCGGGCCGGUUACACAGGGUGGCACAGGUGCAGCCCUGUUCUGCAGCAGCUUUCUAGAACCAGUUCCUCUCCCGGUGACCCGUGGGCUUUCACGUGGAUGGCAAUCGGCAUGGAGAGGCAGAACCCUGUGCCCCUCAGCUUGCUUGGCUUUUCAGUUUUUACCUCUCACUUCUCAGGCGGGUGCACUGCUUCCACUCGCUGCCCAGGCUUGGGUCAAUGCUUUCCGCAGGUGGCUGAGCGGGCGGGCAGGAGGAAACAGCAGUCGCUGUAACCGCAGCCGGUGAGGGAGGACGUGCGGGGGAUGGAGCAGCGCGGUGCCUUCCCUCACACGAGGCUCUCCUCCCCUGGAAGGCUUCGAUAUAAGCUGAGGAGGAGCUUCAGCAGACGCGAGUCAAACACCACUUCCAUCCUAACGCACAGCAUGCUUCCUUCCACGUUUUCUUUUGCAGGUCUGCCAGUCAUGAAACGAAUUCUUCUGUUUUUCAUCCUGGCUGCUGUUGUUAUGUAUCUUAUAUUGCUUGGAAAUCUGUGGAGAAAUAACUUCUACUGGAGUAGCUUUUAUGGACAAACUUCUUCUGUGAGGGGUCCUUCUUCCAAUGAGGCUAGUGGAGUUACCCAGCUGCCACCUACGGCUGUGGAGAGAAGGAACGCACUGGACACUUGUCUUCUGAAACCAGCAUUUGAAUCUUUACUGGAUGUUGACAAAAUAUACCCAUUCCUGUGUGCCAAUGAUUUUAUCAGAGUGGCAGAGUUCCAUGGAAGUGAUAAGUUCGAGCUCCCUUAUGGAAUAAAGAGAGCAGAACAAUUUUUUCGGUUAGCCCUUUCAAAACUGCAAAACUGUGGACUGUCCAACGAAGACAGCAGUGUUGCCUGUCGACGGUGUGUUGUGGUCGGUAACGGAGGAGUACUUCGAAAUAAGACAUUAGGGGGGAAAAUUGACUCAUAUGAUGUGAUAAUAAGGAUGAAUAAUGGCCCUGUUAUAGGGUACGAAGAAGAUGUUGGGAGAAGGACGACUUUCCGCCUUUCCUACCCGGAAUCCAUCUUCUCAGAUCCAAUCCACUACGACCCCAACACUACUGUUGUUAUUAUCGUCUUCAAACCACGUGACUUAAAGUGGCUUUGGGAGAUAUUAGGCGGUCAGAAAAUAAGUGCUAAAGGCUUUUGGAAGAAACCAGCUCUGAACAUGAUAUACAAAUCUAAUCAAAUCAGGAUUCUUGAUCCCAGCAUCACCAGAAAAACAGCUUAUGAUUGGCUUCAUUUCCCAACAAGAUUUCCCAAAAAAGAGAAACCCAAGCAUCCAACAACGGGGCUAAUUGCCAUUACACUAGCAUUUCACAUUUGUCAUGAAGUUCACCUGGCGGGCUUCAAAUAUGAUUUCACUGACAGGAACAGUUCUUUGCACUACUAUGGCAACGAGACAAUGUCUCAGAUGAUGCAGAAUGAAUACCAUGACAUCAAUGCUGAGCAGAAAUUCUUGAAGAAGCUUAUAGACAAGAACUUUGUGGUCAAUUUGACGUGAAAGCUGGAUGGAAAAUAUGAAGAACAAUCACUAUUUUCAAGAUUUCAAAAUUUUUUAUUUUUUGUAUGACGUUUUUAUUUUUUAAGUGCAACAUAACUGUUUACUGUUGAAAAACAGCACAGAAACCUCAUAAGGCAGAAGCUUCUUCUAAGCCAGAGGAUAGUGGACUAUUCCAAGCUGAGCUAACUGAAUUUCUGUGAAGCUAUUUAAUGGGAAAAACACAAAACUUUCAGCUGAAAGUAUCAGGGAUGUAUAAAAAUGUGAUUCACAUUACUUAUUUAUCAGCAAGAACUUUUUUCCAAAUGGUUACUUCUCUGGAAUACUUUAUUUUCUAACGUCCUCUGAAAGGAUUACACUGUUAAGAGACUGAGACAACUAUUCAAGUAGCGGAUGGAUGUCAAUGCUUGAAUCUUGUAAUACAAAAGUGGCUUUAAAAGCGAUGCCUUUAAGUCAUCACUGUGUGUUUGGGAGAAGGGGAAACAUGCAGAACAUACAGAUUUCAGUCUGCCCUCCUCCUGAGCAGAGGACAUCCAUCUUCUGUGAAGAAGCCACAACCUGCACUGGUCAUCGACUCUGAACUGCUGUCUGUGUGUGCCAAAGGUGAAGACCCUUUGGUCUGUUCACUGGAGAUGCUGGGAUUGACAAUGCUCAUGUUGUACCAGUUUAUGGUAAAAAGCAUAUGACCUGUGCUAUGCUUCCAAUAAAUUUUAUGGUUUUUGACUUCUCUUAGAACAGAGGGAGUUUAAAGAC